GGGCGGGGCAGCACUGCAGCAGCAGCAAUAGCAGCAGCGGCAGCAGCAGUGCGCUGAAUCUGGAACUGUCUCCGGUAAUGUUCCGUAGGAUACACACGCCCCUCUCCGCCCCUGCCGAGAGACAGGUGGUUGGACUAGACACCUCCAUCCUCCUCUCACAAUAAGACAAUUAUAUAAAUCUGCCGGCAGCAGAGAAGGGUAGGUCGGCGCUAGCGCGUCCCCGAUGGGCUUCCAGCGUGUGACCUCCGCGAUCACCGGGCGGAUAGCGGGAGAGGGGGGGCAGACACCUGAGAGCAGGAGCAUAAGAGCCCCGCCGAUCUACUACCACAUGUUUUCCAGCAAGCUGUAGGCGGGAGCGGCUCUACCGACGGAGGAAUGAGAUGCAGGAGUGAGAAGUUGACAGGCUUUCUGGAGGGAAUAUUGUUGUGAGACACGGCAGGCUCGUAGCCGACUGUCCUCCGCGCUCUGGGAAAGUUCCCCUGGGGGUUUCGUUAUGGCUUCAGGCGCCGGUAAGGCUGCACAGAGCCCCGGGCCGGGCUCCGCCGUAAACGGGACUGCGGCAGACUUCCCUAACAUUGAGCAGGAGCUGUACGACUAUCAGAUGCACAGCAAGAUGUGCAAGAAGAUCGCUCAGCUCACCAAGGUGAUUUAUUCUCUGAACAUGAGGAACGAGGAGCAGGAGGCGGCCCUGCAGGCCUCCAGCCAAGCCCACCACGAGGAGCUGCAUCGCAUCUUGAUGGAGACAUGUCACGAAGGGGAGGGGUCUACGCUGAGGACACGCCUCCUCGAACUGCAGGAGUCUCUGGACGAGCAGCAGAGAGUGGGAGCCCAGGUUCAGGCAGAUUUUGAGUGUUUCCGCAUCCAGGCAGAAGAGAGUCAGCGAGAAACUGAGGUGGAGCUGCGAAAACAUUUCGAGGACCAGCUUCAGGCCACAGGUGAGAAGCUCCAGGAGGCCAAGACCCAGAUCUGUGCUUCCCAGGAGGAGAGCCUAAGAUUGAGCAAAGAGCUAGAGCGAGCAGAAGAACAGAUCCAGAGGCUGGGAGCCAAAUGUGAGGAACUGCAGAACGCUGCUGACAAGGAGAAAAAAAGACAAGAGGAGAGGAGGCAAAUUGAAGAAGAAGAGAGAAGGAGAGAAGAGGACAAACAUGGAGAACAUCUGGAGGACUUGGAAAAGGUGACGGCACUCUUGGAGGAGGUGGAAACGUUGAAGGACGAGGUUGCCGCAGCAGAGGAGAAGCAGUGGAGGUUGGUGAAAGAGGAGAGGGAGAAAUGGGAGGAGAAAAUGAACACUUUAUUAGAGGAGAAGGAAGACAUGAGGAAGAAGAUGGACGCAGAAUGGAGGGAAGAGAGGCAAAGGUGGGAGGAGAGAGGUGAGGAGGAGAAGAAGGGUUUGCACAGUGCUCUGAGAGAAAGAGUGAAGAGAGCUGAAGCCGAGGUGGAGAGUCAACUGGAGCGGCUGUCCGAGAGCAAGAGGGACACAGUGAAACUGCAGGAGAGGAUACAGGACCUGGAGGAGGAGCUGGAGCUGGACCGAAGGCGUGUGUCCGAGGCUGAGGGCGUGGCCAAACGGGCAGAGGAGGAGUUGACAGUCGCCAAGGAAAGACUUCUGCUGCAGGAGGACGAGCUGCAGAGCAGAGCAGAGGAGCUGCUGAACCGUGGCAGCUGCGACGUUUGUGUUUGCACCGAGGUGGAGGAGAUGAGGAGCCAACUGAGCCGUCUUCAGAGCAGGAACAGAGAACUGGAGCUGCAGAGCAGCGGCAGAAACAGCGACCACGCCCGGCAGAUACGACAGCAUGCAGAGGCCCUGUCCAGUUUACGUUCUGAAAUGGUCAGAGCCCAGACGGAGGAGCUGCGACGCAUCCAAAAGCACGCAGACGACGAGAGGGACAAGCUGCAGAAGAAGAUAGACAAAGAAAGAGAGACGCUGCAGAAGGAGCGGGAGCAACUGAAAGAUCAGCUGGAGAAGGAGAGAAACAGGCUGCGCAGGGAGAAAGAGGAGCAGAAGGAGUGGCUGCACAAAGAAGCAGAAGAGGUCAAAGAGCAUCUGCGAAGGGAGAAGGAGGAAGAGGUCGACCGGCUGCGCAAGGAGCUGGAGGUGGACAGGGUUCGCGUUCGCUCCCAGCUGGACAAGAGCAUCGAACAGGUGGAGGCGGAGAAGAUCAUGGUGCAGCAGAAGCUGGAGGACGAGAGGAGGAGGUUGGUGGAGAAGGCUGAGGAGGACAGGAGGAGACUGAAGGAGCAGGUGCGAAAAGCGAUAGAGGAGGUGAUGAGAAGACACGCAGCCGAGCUUCACGGCGUCCAGGAAGCUCUGAGCUCGGAGAAGAAGACCAAUCAAGAGAUUUGUGCCCGUUUGGAUGAAGAGAGGAGGAACAGUGAGGAGCUACGCUGUGGGCUGGAAAAGGAAAUAGAGGAGCUGAGAACAAAGCUGAAAGGCUCUACCAAUGAGGUUUGUCGUCUGGAGUCGGUUGUACAACAACGGGAGAACAAAGAGAAGGCGGUGCCUGAGGCUGUACCGUCAUGUGGACCACACUGCUCCCGUCUGGAAGAAGAGCUCCAUCAGACCCGCAGUCGACUGGCACGGACACAGGAGGAGGCAGAGAGGCAGAAAGACAGACAGCUUAGAGAUAUUGCAUCCUUAAGAGCUGACAAACAUCGGCUGGAAGAGAAAGUCCUGGAACAGAGCCGACUGAACACGGAGAGAAGUCUUCUCGAUCAGAGCCAGCGGCACUCUGAGGAACGGAUCAGGGCAGAGUGUGAGGAUCAGCUCAGAGCAGAGUUCAGGAUAGAGAUGAACGCUGCUGUCGCUGAGAGUGAACAGAGAUGGCAAACACGAGAGCAGGAGCUGCAGACUCAGAUCUCUGAGCUGCAGGGUCAGCUGACCCAGGAGGAGCAGAAGAAGGAGGGGCAGAAUGAUGACAGCCACGGCAACCCUGAAAUUGAUAGGCUGAGGAAGGAGGUCCAGGACACGAAGGAGAUAAACAAGAAGCUGAGGGAUCUGCUGCAGGAGCCUCAAAGUCAGUGUUUGACUGAGGAGAGACACAGUCACGCCGUGGCUCUGCAGACGUUAGAGAGACAGGCCAAAGAAGAUCUGCUGUCAGAGAGGAACAGACUGCAGACAAUGCACCACCUGGAGCUAGAAAAACAGCGUGCAGAGUUGAACCAACAGCACACAGAGUGGAGCAGACAAAUGACCCAGAGACACAUGCAGCAGAUAGAAGACCUCCAGGCCCAGCUGCAGGCACACACCCAGAUGAUGGCCCUGCAACAGGACUUGAAGCAGCAGAACCAGCACCAGGUGUUUGAGCGACAGCUGGAUGAGAGCCGCUGUGCCAUCCAGGAGCUCCAAAGAGAAAAUGCAACGCUGAAGAAACAGUUAAAGGAAAAAACCGCGCAAAAAAAUCCAGAGGCAGAAGAGAAAGAAGAGGAAAUGACAGAGCUGAGAAAGAAGCGAGACGCUCAGCUCGAAGAAGAAGCACAACGUCUGAAGGAGGAAGUGGAGAAACUGAGGGUGGAGAUGGAGAAACUGGAGGAGUCACAGAAACACUGGGAGGAGAGGAAAGAGGAGGACAUCAAAGAGGAAGAGUUGGACGAGGAGAAGAGGAAGGAGCGGGAGGAAGAGAAGAGGAAGGAGGAAGUGGAGGAGAUUAGGAGGGAGCACAAACGGGAGAUGCAGAGUUUGGUCUCUGAGUACAGCAGCGCACAGUCGCACCUGCAGGCUCGGAUUGUGGCCCUGGAGAACGAAUUUAACUGCAGGCUGCGUGAGCGGGAGGAGCGCUGCAGGAGGAGGGAGCCUCGAUGUGAUGACCUGCAGCUGGGCCGUCUCCAGGAGAGACUGAGUGAGAGAGACCAGCUCAUUAAACGACUAGUGGAGGAGAGGCAUCAGCUGCAGCUCCACCCUCCUGUUUCCGGGGACAGCAGCACCCUCAGGCCCCGUGACAGCAAGACCCGCCCUGGGAGCGUCACACCGACCAUGAGGAGGAAGCUGGGGGAGUCGCCUCCUCGCGUCACCAGUGCUGGACUUUUCGACAAGAGCAUCUUCCAACCUCCCUCUUCGUCAUCGUCUUCUUCCUCCUCCUCCAACGUCCAUCAACACUCCUCCACCCUUCCCCACCCGUCUUCCUCUCACCCACAGACCUCCCCGCACUACUCCACCUCCUCUCUUCCACACAAGCACACCUCCCUCUCUCUUGGCCAACAUUCCUCCCCUUCAUUCCCUCGCUCCAACAGAUCAAGGACCUCCUGCAUCCCUCCAACCCCAGCACCCACAGCUCCACUCCCCGUCUGCCCAUCACCACAGACGGGCAUCCGAUACGUGUCCCCCUCCUGCCAGGAGCCCCACGCAUACCUGCAGGCUCACUCGAUGAGGGGUCCAUAUCUGGAGCCCAGGGGGACAGAGGGGCUGAAGCAGGAGUGGUUCACCAAAUACUUCUCCUUCUGAGCACAAACACACAAAAACACAAACAAAGCACAGACCGUAUCAUAGAAAUGGAUGUAGCCAUUCGUUCAGUUUUAUACCCAGAGAUUAGCAAACGUCUCCUCUGGCCGUGCUGCAGAUCACCAGACUGUCGGGCUGUUUUUUACUUUAGCGCCUGUUUUCCUCUAAAAGGUGAGAUCAUUCGCGACAUUAACACAAAUGUUUCACUAAAAUAAAUGUUAACAUAGCAACUGAGAUUGUAAACUACUCACCAAAAUUGUGCCCUGGAGCCUCAGGCAGCCUGCAGGCAGCUAAUCAGGAGAGUUGGCGUUGUUCUAAAAAUAUCAGUGUCACAGUGGAACUGUGUCUGAAUAAAGACUGAAUGUCUGUUUAAAUGUGAUUUUAACCCUUUCAAUCCCUAACAUUCACAGCAGCCACAGAACUUUUUUUUCAUAUAUUUGCACAUUGAAGAAACUCUUAUUUAAAGCAGAAUGUUUAAAGACAUAAAAGCAUGAGACCAAAACGUUCAUCACUCUGUUGAACAAUUUAAGGGCAAGUACAAGAGGGUAAUAAAUGGUAAACAAUAAGCACAAUUCUAUAAAUUUGAGGCAUUAAUAUUUUUGUUAAAAAAAGCCAACCUCAGCGUUCCUGCCAUUAACUUUUACGGAAAGUGUUUUGUGACAUUCUAGACUGAGUGAGAAGCAUUUUCCUUAGACCUGUGGUACAUACUGGAGCUGUCAGCAGUCGUCUGGUUUCAAACACAAAGUUAAAGUUAGAACUUGUGGUUUAAAACCUUUUUUUGGCGUCUCAGAGAUUCUGUAGCAGUCACUGCCUGCUCCAGCAGAGGGUGCACAACAGCACAUUUACACUAAGAGGGACUCAAAAUAUAGCAUCGCAACCACUGCCUAUCAUGUUGCACAAUCCUGCUGUUGUUAUUUUGUGCGCACCAUAUUGUUUGCAAGUUCCAGAAUUUUCUUUUCACCAUAUCUGUGGUUGUCACACAUUUUGUCAUGCCGAAUUUGUCAAAAUACCAAGACAAUCCCGUGUGCUCCAGCAGAGGGCACUCUAAUCACAAUUUAACAUAACUCUUAUGCCUAUGAGGCAAGUUUUCUUUGUUUGCUUGCACGCUAACUGUUCUGCUAACUAACUAAACAGCACCGAAUCUGGUGAGGAGUGACAGAUUUCAGAGAAUUUUAAGGCCUACAACUUUCUACUAUAGUCUUGUUGUACAACUUGUCAUUUGGAACAGUGCCUAAAGCAGAAACCAGGGUUAGGGUUAGGACAGGAGCACAAAAAAUCUUUUGUGGUAAAAUCAGCUGGAGACCCCUUCUGUAACUUCAAAUGUAAAUGUGUUUUGGGAGGAGAUCGUCUAGUGAUAAUCUUAGACUGUUGUAUUUGUUCAAACUUGCUUUUGGGCAGAGCUACAGCCACACUGAUAAAUAGUUUCUUCCAGAACCACAGCGCUUCUUCUAAGUCUUCCUUUUUUCAGUAAGUUGGCUACAUCCAUUUCUUAUAUAUGGUCUAUAAAACAAACUCACAAAGACACAGAAAUUUCAAGUUCAUUUCAUAAACAGUCCAUUGCUUCUUAUACACACGUUUGCUUCUCUCUCUCUCUCUCUCUCUCUCACACACACACACACACAACAUGAACGUAUGGGCUCAUCACCAGCACAGCCAUCUCUCAAACAUUGCCUCAAAGCUCAACCAAAAAGUGCUUCUCAAACACAUGCCUGACCUCGACUCAGAACGCGGGCCUGUCAGAUCUUCUUUGUAAACUUUGGAAUGACUACGUGUUUUUGUUUGUUUGUCCUGUUUUUAAAGCAGUCUUCCUUUCUUAAUGCCGUCUUCUCCAGAUUUAAGUUGUUUCAGGCAAAUGUACAUUUCUUUGAGUCAACAACCAGGUGUGUCCUUGAGUAUUGAAGCAUAUUCAACCAAGAUCCACCUGAAGACAGACACACACUGCAUACACUACCAAAAUGAAGCUUGUUUUAAUGCAAAAAUGUAUAUUAAUCUCAAUGAACGACUUGAAUAAAAUAUUUUGUUUUUGUAACUGCCUUUUCUGUGUAUUACACCAUUGAAAAUUAGUUUAACUGCUAACCGUUAACUGCAGCUAACCGUCAGUGGUUUUAGUCAUUUACAUCAGGUUCUGGCCCUGCCAUUAUAAUAUUGUUGCACAAAUUAGUGGAGUGCACAGACUGGGCGGCAGUUUUCAAAUCUUGUUAUCUUGCUAAAGUGAGCAUUAAAAUUUUAGUCUAAGUGUCUGCACAGUCUUCUGCCAAUGCAGUCCAACUGCAUCCAGAUGUAAAUUCAAUGGUUACUGAGUUACUGUCGCAUUUGUUAUCAACUUGA